AUGAAAUUGGAAAAGGGGGACAGUCUAGCCAAGGAUUAUGUGUCAGAGCUUUGGGACUACACUCGUAUUAGUGUGACACAAAAUAGCCUUCAGGAGUUGAGUGAAAUUUGGGAUCGGUGGGAUGAUGAAACCAAGCAGUUGCUCUACUCUAAUUAUGGGGACUUGCCGUAUUUACUUAGCAUCAAGGUGGAUGAACGACUAUUUCGCGCUCUCGCACAAUAUUGGAAUCCUGCAUAUAGCUAUUUUACUUUUGGGAAUGUGGAUUUGGUGCCUACAGUAGAGGAAUAUACGGCUUUACUGCAUUGCCCUAGGCUUCAGGUUGAUAAAGCAUAUUCCAAAGCCGCGUAUGUCCCAGCUUUUAGGAAGAAAUUAAUGAGUAUUACAGGAAUGAGCGAACAAUGGAUCACGGCCAGGAUAAAACAGAAGGGCGAGUGUAAAUGUAUCCCAUGGAGGAAUUUCCGAGACUUGAUCCUAGCACAUCCUGAUGAAAAAAGAAGGGCAUUGGGGCAUGUUGACGAAGUUGUUUCAGAUCUUGUUGAUCGGUUGGGUAAAGGGGUCACACCUGUUCCUGCGAUUUUGGCUGAAACGUUUAGAUCUUUGAAUGCGUGUAGGCGAGCUGGUGAAGGCAGAUUUAUAGGUUGUGCGCAACUGUUGAUAGCCUGGUUCGAUAGUCAUUUCUGGAAGGUGGACAAAGUUUUGUAUCGGGUUUUCUCUCAACAUUAUUCCCCAUUAAAGGAAAUAGUGGCUACCCCCAGAAGGGACGAUAUAUCAGAAGAAAAUUGGAUAGCAAUUCUGCAAAAUCUUCAAGAGGAUGAUGUGGAAUGGAGAGCUCCUUGGUUGAUUCCUGAUGGAAUUCUCUACAGUUGUGAAAGCUUUGACUGGGUUCCGUUGCUUGGGAUUUGGGGAGCCGUUGGAUACGCGCCUUUGUUGGUCUUAAGGCAAUACAAUUCGAGACAAUUUGUGCUAGUAACAUAUGGUUUAGCUCAAUGUGAAUUCUUGUACCGAGGAGACAAUUACAAGAAAAAGGUGAAGGAAAUUUCUCAGGCUUGGAAUCAGGUCCACAGGAUGAAAAGGCUAGCUAUGGGUUUGAUGACAACCCCAGAGUAUGGUGAGUGGCGACGCAAAAGGAUUAAUGAUAACAUCCUGGAGUUAAACUUGGAGAGUGCUCGACCAAUGGAGGAGUAUCUACAAGUGAUCCCAUCAGAGCUGGAGAUUAUAAAAUAA